CGGGCCCAUCCGGGUUUUCGAAUUUGCUUCCGACAAGCUGAUGACAACUCUCAGUAUCAAGGAAUAUCAGAAUCUUGUAGUGGUUAUAGCCGCCCAAAAAAUCCCUUUCGAGAUGAUACUGGCGGUAAAAGUGAACGCCAUACAUACCAAUGGAGAGUCGAAGCGGGGGACCAAAUUCUUAACUUUACAGAGUAUCACCUCUGCUUUUCGGCGACAGGAAGCAGCGAUCAGUGCUAUGGAAUACGAACCUCGUGCACCGGUUGGAGCAGCCAGCCGGGCCAGACUCAGCCUUUCCAUGAUUAUACCAACACAAGCCCAGGUCACUGUCGUUAUUCAUGGAUGAUUCAAUCACGUCCCUACUCCUACCCGUCGCGCUUUAAAGUGUGCCGCGUCUGUUUCAAGGAAACUCUUGGCAGCUCUCAGUGUCAGGGGACCCAAAGAAGCUGCAGCGGUUGGGCUGCUCCCGGCGGGAAUCCCUCAUGGACCUUGAGUUUCCAUCACGAUAUACCGACUACCGAGGAGGUUGCACCUAAUCCUUAUCUGGUGAAACACACCAAGGCAAUCGAAGCAAUUCAGAGAAGAGCGUCCCGACUAAUA